AUGGUGGCUGCAGCAGACCCAGAAAAGCCCAAAGUCUUCAGUGGAAAGAAGGUUUCCAAACCACUUAUGGAGAAGAAGAGAAGAGCUCGUAUCAACAAAUGUCUUGAUCAGUUGAAGACUUUGUUGGAAUCCUGCUACUCAAAUAACAUUAGAAAACGGAAGCUGGAAAAGGCCGAUAUUCUUGAGCUUACAGUGCGACAUCUGAAGCAAUUGCAGAAAAAUCAUCGUGGUCUGGCUAUGAACUCUGACUUCGCCGAGUACCAAGCAGGCUUCCGCAGUUGUCUGGCAGGUGUUGAUCAGUAUUUGCUGAUGACAGACAUCGGAAGGAGGAAUCGCUCCGACAUGCUAACACAGCUCUCCAGCCGCCUGCCUCGCACGGAUGCGCACCACGAAAAUUCCAGGACCUUGGACAGCGCCGCGCACUCACGAAAAGCCCUCAACAACUGA